AUGAGUUUAAGAUUGAAGCGUCAGAUAGAAAAACCUUGUGUAAAGUGGAUCAGAAACCUCAUUAGGUAUUGGCACUGGAGAGGCAUGAACUCCUUUGCGAGUGAGAGCGGAGAGUGCAAUGAGAAGUCGGAAUUGUUCCGCGGGUCGGAGCUUCAUGAUUCGAGCGCUUUCUCUAACAGCAGUCGCAAGAGCAACGUGAGUGGGUUGGCGACCGGGAACACACCGGUACAAUGGCAAAUAAACAGCAAAGAGUUUAAAUUCACUUGUAACAGCACGCCCUCGAAAUGCGAAGUGUCUAAGUAUGAUCAGCCGGCUCACAAAUUUAUGCGGAAGAGAAGAAUUAUGCGAAACACAUUGAGCGGGGCUCGGCCACGACCUUCCAAUUUGCAACAGUGUUCCUCCAAAUUGGAUCUUCUGGACGAUCAAACUCUCACCAGUUUUCCCAUACCGCCUCCGAUAUUGAACAUCGGGGCAGCUUCAGUGUCAGUUAACCAUCCUGCAAACGAGAUGCAUAUGCGGGUCCACACAGCUGACAGGCGUAUAAGCUAUGCUCCUAUGAACUCUCAGACACAACAGGAGCCCGAGAGCCACCCCAUUGUUCUGAUUGAAGAUUAUAUCAAGCAGGAUGAGGCCCGAACCAAAUUUGCCAAGAAAGCAGUGUCGAUUUCUGAUCUUCGUCGUAAAGUGUCUAAGCGCAAUGAUACGAAGCUCCCACUAAAGCUUCUAACCAACCGGAAGUUGUCAAUCACGUCUUCUUUAACCUUAACACCACAUCUAGAGGACGAAAACUCGUGUUCGAACGGAGCCAUUGUAAUGGCAUGUGAGGGCAGGAACACUUGCGAAGGAGAAUCUCUGAAGAUGCCGAUUGGAUCGUUCCCAGAAGUUGAAAACGCCUUGCGUAAUAUUGUCCAUCUGAGCAAGGACGAAAGUAAGGACCGCUAUUUACAAGCCUUAGACAUCAAGUCUAAAAUUAAGUACUGUGUUCUCUGCGAACGACCACUGUACGAGGUCAGUCAAUUCAUGAAAGACGCAGAAUAUCAGGAAAUUGUAUGCGAAAGCUGCACCUCAAAGUACGAACAGACAGCAAAACUUCUGGAAGAUUAUGAGUUCGAAACGUCCUAUGAAGCAGAUACACCAACUUCAAGUUUUCAAAAUGAGGAUUUGGGAGAGGAGCCCGAGCCAUUGGUGUGCAGCUCAAAUAAGAGGUUGAAGUUCAAUAAUUUCUCAUGCAUGCUGAUUGACGGUCUACACUUACAGCUUGAAGAUAACAUUCAUUUAUCAAAGGAAAGGGUGGACUGUAAAACAAUGCUUUGGUUCUUGGAAGCCAAAAGGAAACUCAGAUGGAGGUGGCGUGUCAAAGGUUUGAUUCCACAAUUUUUCGCCAGUCAGAAGGACCGUUUUUGA